AAAUUUACGUCAGCAACUUGUGUCAAUUUGACAGUUAAAAUAUAUAAUUUCUCUUGAUGAGUUACAUUAUUUUGUAAUAUUUAAAUUAAUCAUUUUUAAUGACAUUAAUUAAAUUCACAUUAUAUUAUUUUUGAUAAGAAGAAAACAUGUUGUUAAUUGAUAAUUAAAUACAUCAUAAAAUAUGUACAAAUAUAAUCAUAAAUUAAUCAUUCAAAAUAUACCAUUUUUAAUUUGGAAACAACUUGUUAAUGAACUUGAAAAGAAUUCAAAUUGGCUUAAACUAGCUGAACAUGUUGCUAAAAUUGGAUCACUUGGAAAUACUUGGAUAUCAUCAUUGGAAAAUAAUAUUUACAAUGAUGAAAAUAAAAAACCAGCUGAAAAUUUACUUGAUGAAUUAAAUAUGCGUUUGUGUAAUGUUGGUGUUUUAUGUAAUUUAUUAGAAGAAUGUAAUUUACUCAUGGCCUUGUCAAUCUUUCGUCAUCCAGAACCACUUAUCAUAAUAAAACAGCCAAAUGAAAAUACAACAAACAUCAAGAUUGCCUUGGGAAAUAAAUUAAAGAUAAAUUGUAAAGCAAAAGGUUUACCACCACCAUCAUACACAUGGUACCAUGAAAAUGUAAAAUUAAAUAAUGAAAAUAAUGAUGAAUUAAUAAUUGACAUUAACAAUAUAAACCAAGAAGGUAAAUAUAAUUGUUUAAUAAAACAAAUUGAUUGUAAUAAUAAUGUGAUUGAUAAAAAAAUAACUGAAUCAAUCAAUUUAAUAAUAAAAGCAACUCCAAUAAUUAUUGAAAUUCAGCCAUUAACAUAUUUGGAAAUUAAAAAAAAUCAUAAACUUGAAUUAACAUGUCAAGUUAAAAGUCAUCCAGAACCAAGUUAUCAAUGGUAUCGUGAUAAUACAAAGCUAGACAACCAAAUAAAUAAUAAAUUAUUAAUUAAAAAUUUUAAUGAAAAUGAUGAGGGUAAAUAUUAUUGUCAUAUUAAAAAUAAUAUUAGUGAAAUAUUUACAAAUAAAUGUAAUAUUGUUAUGAAAUAUUCACGUGAAAAAGCUACAGCUAAAAUAGCACUGUUAAUUGCAAAUGAAGAUUAUGAUAAUCAUGAUAAGCUGAAUAAUCCAAAAAAUGAUGUUGCAAAAUUAUCACAAUUGUUAAUUGACAUUGGUUUUAAUGUAAUAUGUUUAUGUAAUUUAACAAAUCAACAAAUUAAAAAUUCAAUGUUGUUAUUUUCAAAGCUAUUAAAUGAAGGUGUUUAUGGUUUAUUUUAUUUUUCUGGACAUGGUUUUAAAAUGCAAGAAAGUUAUAUAUUACCAAUUGAUGCACCAAAAUCAUAUUUACGUUGUCAUGCAAUAUGUGAAAGUGAAUUAUUAUCAAUGAUUAUACCAAAUGAUCCAUCAUUAUUAAUAAUAAUACUUGAUACAUGUCAAACAGUACCACCAAAAGAAUUAAAUCCACAUAUACAUAAUGAAAUACCAAAAAUAAAUGAAUAUAGAAGUAAAAAAAAUUUACGUAAUUUAAUACAAGCAUAUUCAACAUCAAGUUAUAGACCAAGUUAUGAACGUUCAAGUAGUAAUACUGGUUUAUAUGUAACACAUUUAUGUAAAUAUAUUACAAAAGAUAUACCAGUACAAAAAGUAUUUGAAAAAGUUGGUGAAUCAAUUGAUAUAUGGUUCAAAGGUAAAGAAAGAAAUCAAAUACCAAUGUUUUCAUUGACUGUUACUAAACCAUACAGGCUAACUGAUGCAUUAUAUCCAGGUACAAUACCUAAAAAUAUAUUACUAUUAAAUAAAUUAACUAAAUUUCAAACGAAAAUUAUUGAUAUUACUUUUCAACCAUGUGGAAUAAAUGGUAAAUUAAAAAUAACACAAUAUACUAAAUCAUUUUUAAAUUCAAUUAAAUUAAAUAUUAUUAAUGAUGUUGAUGAUAAUUUAAUGAUUAAUCUUUAUAAUACAAUACCAAUUGAAAGAAAUAAUUUAUUUUGUAGCAAUAAAAUUGGUGAAUUUCGUAUACAUAAUCCACAAACUUGUAAAGCUCCACUUGCUAUUUCAAUUAAAAAAAAUAAUAAUGCAAUUGGAGAAUUUAAAUUUAAUAUUAUGGAACAUGUUCCAUCUAUACUUGGAUUUUUAUCAUAA